UUGGUUUGGCUACUAGGUUAAAAAAAAAUCUGGCAACCCUGCAUGUUUAUACUUUGUGGUAUUAGUAAAUACUCAAAAUAAUUGUCAGUGGCAUUAUGUAUCGACAUCUAUUAAAGAUUCAAAAUAUAUUUUCGCUAAAUUUUAGUAAUAAAAGAAUUUCAGGAUCCAUCAUUAAAAGACAAUUGAAUACCGAUGAAAAAUAUAGGAUUAAAGAAGUAUUUGAAGGAAGACCUCUGUAUUUGGAUGCUCAAGCCACCACACCUUUGGAUCCUAGAGUUUUAGAUGCUAUGUUGCCUUAUUUAACUAAUUAUUAUGGCAACCCACAUUCUAGAACUCAUGCUUAUGGAUGGGAAACUGAAGUGGCAGUUGAAAAAGCAAGAAAACAAGUUGCAAACUUAAUAGGAGCAGAUCCAAAAGAAAUAGUUUUUACAUCAGGGGCAACAGAGUGUAAUAACAUUGCAAUAAAAGGGGUGGCCAGGUUUUACAGUGUAAAGAAAAAACAUGUUAUAACGACACAAACGGAACACAAAUGUGUGUUAGAUUCUUGUAGAGCAUUAGAAGCAGAAGGUUUUAAAAUUACAUAUUUACCUGUAGCAAGCAAUGGUAUUAUAUCAUUAACUGAACUUGAGAAAGCAAUAACAACAGAAACCUCUUUAGUAUCUAUAAUGGCAGUGAAUAAUGAAAUAGGUGUUAAACAACCAAUUGCUGAAAUUGGUAAACUUUGUAGACAGAAAAAAGUAUUUUUCCAUACUGAUGCUGCACAAGCUGUUGGUAAAAUUCCUUUAGAUGUACAGUCUAUGAAUAUUGAUCUCAUGUCAAUUAGUGGACAUAAAAUUUAUGGUCCAAAAGGAAUAGGAGCAUUGUAUGUAAGACGAAGGCCCAGAGUGCGAGUAGAAGCACUUCAGAGUGGUGGUGGUCAAGAACGAGGUAUUAGAAGUGGAACAGUACCUGCACCUCUUGCUGUGGGUUUGGGAGAAGCAUGUGAUAUUGCACAAAAAGAAAUGGCAUAUGAUCAUAAUUAUAUUGAGAAAUUAAGUCAAAGGUUAUUGGAUCAAAUUUGUGGCUCCCUGUCACAUGUUAUUAGAAACGGAGAUCCUGUACAUACAUAUCCUGGAUGUAUUAAUCUAUCUUUUGCAUAUGUUGAAGGUGAAUCUUUGCUAAUGGCAUUAAAAGAUGUAGCUCUCUCCAGUGGAUCAGCUUGUACAUCAGCAUCUCUAGAGCCCUCCUAUGUUUUAAGAGCUAUAGGAACAGAUGAAGAUCUGGCGCAUAGUUCUAUAAGAUUUGGUAUUGGACGAUUCACAACAGUUGAAGAAGUUGAUUAUACAGCAAAAAAAUGUAUUCAACAUGUUACUAGAUUAAGGGAAAUGAGUCCUCUUUGGGAAAUGGUACAAGAAGGAAUAGAUUUAAAGACGAUUCAGUGGUCUCAACAUUAACUUGAAUCCGAUAAAUAUUUAAUUUCAUUAAAUUGUGAUUAUGAAAAAAAGUAAAUGAAUUUGGGUAUUUGCUUUAAUAAUUUUUGUUUUAAAAAACCUAAUUAUGUAUUGUUUCUGUUUUCCUUCAUUUAUAAAAAGUAUGGCAGUUGUAUACAUUUAUACAUUAUAAUUGUAAAUAGUGUAGAAUAAACUUAUU